CGGUACCUUGGCUAAAAGAAUACUUAAAACAACGAGGCAUUCAAAGCUCAGGAAAGCGUAAGGCUGAACUAAUAGAACUUUGUGUAAAAAGUGAGGAGAUAAAAGUCCCGAAAAUCUCGAAGAAGAAGAGCCAGUCGAUCCAGCAAUUUCAAUGAAAGAGCAACUGAAAACUACCGAUGAAGGGUACUUGACCAAUCCGUUGAACAAGGAAAAUCAGGCUUUUGGUAAAUGGACCCAAAAUUUUCAAACUUAUCAGACUUUAGAUUUCAAACGUAUCAGACUUUAGAUCUUGUGGGAAAGGAUCUCGGAUAUAACGCCGAAAGCUUAAAAAGUUACAAAUCUCUUUUGGGAUACAAGUUGUACUUCGAUGGACACGUAGAAGACCUUCGUUAUCAUCCACCACAACCUAAUACCAGUAGUUACAGUUAUUUUGUGUUUGCUGUAAAGCCAACUGAAAGGUCCAAGACUGAUGAUAGGUCUGCAACAUAUAAGGGUUUUUUUUUUAUUUUAAAGAAGGAUGGAAGUGUACAUUCAGCCAACUGCCCAUGCAAAGGAGGGGCAGAUGGAGGUUGCUGCCAUAUAGCUGCAGCACUGUUUGAUCUGGAAGCAAGCAUAAGAUUUAAUGAUCUCCAGUCAUGUACAUUAGGACAGUGCAUGUGAAAAAAGAAAGGAAAGAGAAAUGAGGGAAGUUUGCCCAUCCAGGACUCAGAAACAAGUUGUGGUGGCUAUGGUGUAACAGUAAGGGACUCCAUAAAGUCAAGGGAUUUUAAUCCACUUUGUAUUCCUUAUGACCCAACUGUAUUAGAACAACAGUUCAAAACUGGGUUGCUGGAAACAUUCCCAAGCUCUUCUGCUCUGCCUUUUUUGCAUUCAGCUGAAGAA